UGGUGCCCGCAAAAUACAAGUAUUUAACGCCAAAUUGUUGAAAAAAAAUUGUGAUAUUUAGUAUUCUCAUUUGUUUUGUGUGAUAAAAAACACUAACAUUUUACCUGUGAACACAAAUAGUGUGCACUGAAUAAUGACUUGGGUGUUUCUGAAGCGUUCUGAUGCCCCCCUCUCGUAGCACAAGUUUCGCUGGUUGUUCUUCUGGCGUCCAUAUUUGUGUAUCUCUGGCUGGCCAGACUGAUAUGGAGCACUAGUGACGAUGCGCGCCCCUACCCCCUCCGAGCCGAAGUCUACAUUUCCUACCUACCAAGUGCCUCAAGAGUCAGCCAUGAGGGGCAGCGCACCCCCAGUACAAGUCGCAAGGGCAGCUUGGGGGGGUCGAGCCGACCCCCCGAGUCCUUCCCGCUGCGCCCCCAGUGGCGCUUCAUCUGUGAUAUCCGGCUCAAGUUGCUGUUCACUUGGCAACUCUAAUAUUAGAAUGCAAUCUGUGACCGAAAAUUGUCUUCUGAACUCUGUUACCGUACCAAAAAUACAACGUAUUGACCAUGGCAUGGUCACCCACAAUAAUAGCUCUAAGUUAGAUGAUAAGUUUGGUGCUUUACCCCCUGGACGAGACAUUCCCAACCAAAAGUCUGAUGACCUCGAACUGCUCCAAGACCUGAAUGCACUGAAAAUUCUUAAAUGCGAUAAUACAAACUGCGAUAACAACGAUAACAAGAACCACGACGACAUGUGCCACCUCAAUAGGCUUAAACUUAAACUGCGCACGAAUAAUGACAACAACAUUGCAGCUCAGGACGCCCGCCUGGCCAUACCCCUGAGGCUCAGGGGUGGCGGCGAAAGCUCCCUUAGCACCGGCACCUCAGGCUGGGGCACCCCGCCUUCACAGCAGGCCAGUAACAACAAUGCGACUAGCUCGAGCGGUUGGGGCACCGCUAACCCAGUCAAUCAGACCACCGCCGGUACCCAACAGUGGAAUAACAAUGCUAAUCGACCACCGCCGUCAAACCAAGGCCAUACUCAAAACGGAAACAAAUCCAACGCUAGUGGCCAACAGCCUCCUACUUCCCAGUCCAACACUACUGGCUGGGGCCAACCCGGAACAAAACCCGCACCCAACAACUCAAUGCCGCCUACUACUCAACCCGCUACCUCCGUCACCAACACUUCGAACAACAACGGACCAAGCAGCAACACGAAACAACAGCUAGAACAAUUGAACAGCAUGCGAGAGGCUAUCUUCAGUCAAGAUGGAUGGGGCGGACAACACGUGAACCAAGACACAAACUGGGACAUCCCCAGCAGCCCGGAGCCGCCCAUGAAAAUGGACGGAUCCGGUGGUCCCCCACCAUGGAAACCUGCCGUCAACAACGGAACUGAACUGUGGGAGGCCAAUCUGCGAAACGGUGGACAACCGCCUCCGCAACCACAACAAAAGACUCCCUGGGGACAUACCCCAUCGACGAAUAUCGGAGGAACUUGGGGCGAGGACGAUGACACCGAUAGUUCCAACGUAUGGACUGGCGUACCCUCUAAUCAGCAGCAGCAGUGGGGUGCUGGCGGUAAUACGAACAAUGGUGCUAUGUGGGGCGGCCCUAAGAAAGAGAACGACUGGGGUACAGGUGCAGGUAAUACGGGCUGGGGAGGAGACCCGCGAUCUGCUGACCCACGUCAGGCCGGCAUGGACCCCAGAGAGAUUCGUCCCGAAUUGAGGGAUAUGCGUGCCGCAAGUUCCGAUCCCAUGCGACUGUUGGACCCCCGUGAACAAAUGAGGCAAAUGGCUGGUAGCGAUAUGAGAGGAGACCCGAGAGGAAUCACCGGCCGAUUAAACGGGGCUGGUGCGGAAGCCUUCUGGGGUCAGAGCGCGCCACACACUAGCGCCCAGCAGAUGCACCACCACAGCAAGAUGCCUGUCGGUCCAGGAAAUGGUGCUGGGUGGGAAGAACCUUCCCCGCCUUCCCAAAGACGUAACAUGCCUAAUUACGAUGACGGCACUUCACUGUGGGGUAACCCGCAACAAGGCUCUCAUUGGAAAGAUCUACCAACAGGGGCAAGCAUGGGACGCGGUAAUGCUGCCGUGCCUCCCGGAAUGGCCCAAGCUCGCAUGAAACCCGACGGAUCAGUCUGGGGACACGGACGUAACGGUUCCUGGGACGAAGUGGGGCCCGGUACCGGCUGGGAAGAGACGGGACCUUGGACAAAACAAAAGAUGCCAGGGCCGCUGUGGGACACCGAUCUUGAUUGGGGCCACAAACAGCCCAACAAGCCGCAGCUGACUAAGGAGAUUGUCUGGAAUUCUAAGCAAUUUAGAAUGCUCGUCGAUAUGGGAUACAAGAAGGAGGAAGUGGAAAACGCACUCCGCAUGCGUGAGAUGAACAUGGAAGAGGCCCUAGACGUUCUCAGCCCCAUGCGGAACAACCGCGACGGUUGGGCUAGUCGUCAUGACGAUCAUUACGAUCACCCACCUUUCGCCGGACAGAGGUUCCCACCAGGUCCGGCGGCUCAAAUUCCGGGCUUCCCGCCGGGCGGUAACGCCCCGAAUCUUCUCGGUAACAUGAGCAACGCCGGAAACAAUUCUCUGAUCAACAACAUAUCCCCCAACGUGGUACAGAAGAUGCUUACUCAAACGGGGGGAUCUCAAGGUUUCGGUGGGUCUUCUGCUACGACCGGCAGGAGUCUCCAGCCCCCAUCUCAGCCUUCCACGCAGCAGCUUAGGAUGUUGGUGCAACAAAUCCAGAUGGCAGUGCAGGCCGGAUAUCUCAAUCACCAGAUUCUCAAUCAACCGUUGGCACCGCAAACUUUGGUGCUUCUGAAUCAGCUCCUACAACAGAUCAAAACUCUGCAGCAGCUAAUCAAUCAACAGACGAUUGCCUCCGCUCACGCGAUAAACGGCAAACCUAACAAUGCCUUCAUGCAGUGUUCCGUACUCAUCACAAAGACUAAGCAGCAAAUACAAAAUCUACAGAAUCAAAUCGCUGCUCAACAAGCAGUAUACGUAAAACAGCAGCACCAAAGCAAUAUGGGUGGCGCCUACGAUACGUUCAAAUCAAACGCGAUGCACGACUCGAUAAAUGCCUUGCAGACUAAUUUUGCAGAUAUCGGUAUUAACAAGGAUCCACAAGUGAAUCAGCAACAAUCAAGACUUAACCAAUGGAUAAAUAAAGACAAAGAAGAAGGGGGCGAAUUCUGUAGGGCCCCCGGGUCUUCAUCCAAGCCCAUGGCUACUUCUCCAAAUAUGAAUCCUCUCGGUCUCAAUCCGACAGAUGGUUUCAGACCAUGGUCCAGCAGAAGGACUGGAGACACCGGCUGGCCAGAUUCUGGCGGAGGCGACUCCUCCAACGACGUGAAAGACGCACAGUGGUCGACCACCGCUCAACCAUCCUUGACUGAUCUAGUACCUGAAUUUGAACCUGGAAAACCCUGGAAGGGUAAUCAGAUAAAAUCGAUCGAAGAUGACCCCAGUAUUACACCCGGUUCGGUGGUGCGUUCACCUCUGUCUAUUGCCACAAUCAAAGAUAACGAAUUGUUCAGCAUGAAUCCCAGCAAGAGCCCCCCGGCGACCGACGGCAUUCAACCGUUGAGCCUCAGCUCAUCGACUUGGAGCUUCAACCCACCUUCUUCUACUACUUCGAGCACCUUCACAACUCCUGGCAAAUUGCCCACCAGCAAGGGUGGUCUAGUAGAUUUAAACCCCACUACUGCCGUUACUUCAGAACUGUGGGGAGCCCCGAAAUCUUCUCGUGGCCCACCGCCAGGCCUUUCGGCCAAAGGAGGCUCCCUCGUCAACGGAUGGUCCGGCAAUUUGGGCAAUUCCGUUCCGUGGGGUGCUGGCCAGAGGAGCUCGGGCAGCUGGGGCGGAUCCUCUCCCUGGUUACUGCUAAGGAAUCUGACAGCUCAGAUUGAUGGGUCUACUUUACGCACAUUGUGCAUGCAACAUGGUCCAUUACAAAGUUUCCAUCUCUACCUUCAUCAGGGUUUCGCUCUUGCCAAAUACUCAACCCUUGAGGAAGCUACCAAAGCUCAAACUGCCUUGAAUAACUGUGUUUUGGGUAACACUACUAUCUUAGCUGAGAACCCGACCGACUGGGACGCUAGCACCCUCCUACAGCAAGUCGCUAGUCAACAGAGCGGCUCGUCCGGAGCAUGGAGAGGCUCCAGCAAACAGCCCGCAGGGGCCGACACCUGGAGCACAGGUUGGCCCAAUAACGCGACAACAGCUAGUCUGUGGGCCACGCCCGCCUUAGACACGGCUGACCCGGCGAGGGGCACUCCAUCCAGCCUAAAUUCUUUUCUUCCCAACGACUUGCUAGGCGGUGAGUCCAUGUAAAUUGAUAUAUACCAAAACAUUAAUUUCAAGUGUUGAUAACUUUACAAUCUGAUCAAAAGUUUUUAUUAUACGUUUUUAAUGUUUUUAUGAAUGCUAUUAAACAAAUAAGGAUAAUUGUCUAUAAAAAAUUGA